AUGAAGCAGUGGGUCUUGGCAUUUUUCCUUCUAAAUUUCUUGACCCAGCAAGAAUGGUGCCAUGUUCAAGCUCAGGGAGGAGAUGGCUUCAUCAGAACCAGAGGGGUGCAUUUCCUGUUGAAUGGAAAUCCCUACUAUGCCAAUGGCUUCAAUGCCUACUGGUUGAUGUAUCAGGCUUCUGACCCAUCUCAGAGAAGCAAAGUCUCAGAUGUGUUCAGAGAAGCUUCAAGCCAUGGCCUCUCUAUUGCAAGAACUUGGGCCUUCAGUGAUGGUGGAUACAGGCCUCUCCAGUACUCUCCCGGUUCUUACAAUGAACAAAUGUUCAAGGGGUUGGAUUUUGUGAUAGCAGAGGCCAGAAGGUAUGGGAUUAAGCUUGUGUUGAGUUUAGUGAACAACUAUGAGAACUUUGGGGGCAAACAACAGUAUGUGAAUUGGGCUAGAAGCCGAGGGCAGUAUCUCACAUCUGAUGAUGAUUUCUUCAGAAACCCUCUUGUUAAAGGGUUUUACAAGGAUCAUGUCAAGACAGUUCUCAACAGGUACAACGCCAUCACUGGAGUUGUCUACAAGAAUGACCCCACAAUCAUGGCCUGGGAGCUUAUGAAUGAGCCCAGAUGCACUUCAGAUCCAUCAGGACGAACCAUUCAGGCCUGGAUAGCAGAAAUGGCUUCUUUUGUGAAGUCCAUAGACAGAAAUCACUUGCUGGAAGCUGGUCUGGAAGGAUUUUAUGGACAAGCCACACCUCAAAAGAAAGGACUAAAUCCUUCGGGUUAUAAUAUAGGAACAGAUUUCAUUGCCAACAAUCGCAUCCCUGGAAUUGAUUUUGCUACUGUCCACUCCUACCCUGAUCAAUGGCUAUCCAAUUCAAAUGAUCAAUCCCAGCUUGCUUUCCUGGACAAUUGGCUCAACACCCACAUUCAAGAUGCCCGGCAAAUUCUUCAGAAGCCAUUGCUUCUAACAGAGUUUGGAAAGUCCCGGAAAGAUCCGGGCUUUAGUACCUACCAGAGGGACCUUCUGUUCAGCACUGUCUACUACAAAAUAUACUUCUCGGCCAAGCACGGCGGUGCAGCUGCCGGAGGCCUGUUUUGGCAGCUCCUGGCCGGAGGGAUGGACUCCUUCCGGGAUGGCUAUGAGAUAGUCCUCAGCCAAGACACUUCAACUGCAAAUGUCAUAGCCAAACAGUCCCACAAGCUGUACCAAAUCCGGAAAAUUUUCGCCCGGCUGAGGAACAUACAGAGGUGGAAGAGGGCCAGGGCUAGCAGAAGGGCUCAGUGGCGGGCCAGGCACAAGGGGAAGAGGAUUGGGAACUAGGAAGAUGAAGACUUGGAGAGCUUGCCAAAGUUGAGUUAAUGUGUUCGUGUUAUAAGGGUAUUUGUUUGUUAAGGUUUUUAGAUAAUGGUUUCUCUUCUAGAGAUGAGUAAUGGUUUCAUCCAGGAGGGUAAGUCAUGAGUGCUUAAUUAGGACAACUGCAUUAAGCAAAAUUCUUGCUUAAUCUGAGUCCUGUAAUGUGCUUGUUGAAGAUGAUGAAUGUGUCUGCUUUACUAAAAUAGUAGUGAAAUAUGGCCAUUCAACAUGUUAUGAUAAAUUAAACAAAGGCAUGACCAAGCAACUUUAUUCA